ACAAAAGUUACCAGGCGAGCAAGAAUUUAAAGUCAGGUCAAAAUUGAAUCUCUGAUGGGUCGAAUGGAACAAACUCAGCCAGCAUUUUUGUUGUUUUCUUUUUCCUUUCCCCAUCCAUUCCAAUUCCUCUCCUGCACAGGAAAGCCCUUCUUCGACCAUAGCCAAUCACCUUCUUCUCACCGCCACUCAUUCUAGCCUUCCCUACCCUUCUUCUUCUUCCUCAGCUAGACACUUCUAGUCCAAUUGCACUCUAUUCCAUCAUUCUCAUUCCCUAUUGAGAUAGUGAACAAGUGAAGAAGGAGAGAUGGUGAGAGUGCCGGCCUUGCUUAAAGGGAAAAGAUCAGUGCCAGCUCUGGGUCUUCUCCUAUGAUGAGUAUGAGUCAAAUCCGAUUAGAUCCAUCGGAAAAGUGGGAGAACCGAAAGCAUGGGGAAGAGAAUGUUGUUGUGAAGAAUCGGGGAGGUUGUCCACUAGGGGUACGGGAAGGUGAUGACUGAUGGGUUUGAGGAGUUGGAGAUGUUUUGAAAUUCUAGAGCUGUAUUCAUUGUUCUUUUUAUUGUCACUUACUGCUUGAGUGUUUUUCCUUGAAUAUUUUUUCAACUUGAUUUCCAAAUUGUUUUUAUCUAUUUAUUGUCUCUUUAAUGAGUAGGUAAUGUGGAUUAAAUGUUAAUUUGGCUGGUUAAUUUUGAUUUUGGGGUACACUAUGGUCACAUGUUUUCUCUUUUAUUUCUUGGUUCUCCAUUUUCAACAACGGGAUGUGUUGUUUACAAUGUCUUAUGACAGUGUUAGCCAACGAAUGUUUACGAAUAUAUUUCUAUUUACAAA